AUGGACAUUUCAGGUCAUGAACCAAUGGGCUCUACAGGAUGUACAGCUUUCUGCAUUAGUGCUCCAUCUGACACUUUGACGUCCUGGAGGAAGGAGACAGCGGAUAUAAAAUCUUCCAACAGUUUAUUGGGCCUUCCAGAGCUCAGCUGGCCGGGAGUUUCCCCUACCAUUUAUGACGGGUUAGCUAGUGAAGAACUGAGCAUGGCAGAGGUUGUUGCUCAUUCUGCUCAAGGUCUGGGUUCUUCAGAGCCAAGGCCACUCGUGUCUAGCCCAGUUCUCAACCCUACAUCUGAUGUACAAGGUGAAGCAGAGGAAUACUGUCUGGAGCAGAUCCAAUCAAUGGUGGUGGGAGAAGUGCUGAGCGACGUGAGAAAAGCUUGCAAGCUGCUCAACAUUACACCAGACCCGCUCGACUGGAGUUGCAUGCACGUUUACAAGUGGCUGCUAUGGACGGAGCACUUGUACCGACUGCCACAGAUGAGCGUGCUCUUCAAGGAUCUGAAUGGAAGGGACUUGUGCUACAUGACAGAGGCUGACUUCAGACAACGCUCCUCACAGUUUGGACACAUACUGUAUGCUCAUCUUGAUAUCUGGAGAUCUGCUGCAGCAAUGAAAGACCAGUGCCCGCGAGAAGAUGUUAAAUCAGCAAAUGACAAUUCUUGGUGCAACUGCCCAGGCCAGCCUAUCCACUUGUGGCAGUUCCUUCAGGAGCUGCUCCUCAAGCCGCACAAUUACAGUCGUUCUAUCCACUGGAUCAACAAAGAAAAGGGGAUUUUCAAAAUAGAAGACUCGGCUCAUGUGGCCAGGCUAUGGGGCAUCAGGAAGAACCGUCCAGCAAUGAACUAUGAUAAACUCAGUCGAUCGAUACGUCAGUACUACAAAAAAGGAAUCAUUCGAAAGCCAGAUGUGUCACGCAGACUCGUCUAUCAGUUUGUUAACCCCAUAUGACCCGGUUGUUUGCUCUGUCAGGCAAAAAGAUGAAGAUUUGCUGGACAUAAAGAGAAGAAUUUUAAACUCCCUAAAGUACUUGAUCUUUUAUUUUCAUUUGUAAAGACUGCCUAUUUCAAACGUGCAUUUCUGCCUAUUAUAUGCUCCAAUGAAAGAGACUUCAUUGUAUUUUUGUUUUAAGCACACCGCAGACAUCUCCACUGGUUGCCUGGUUUGUUGUCAUUUUGUUGCAUUGCUUUCUCCCUACAAACAAGAUGGUGCAGACUAAAAUUUAUAUAUAUCCCAAUUCUGAUUAAAGCUUGACGU